CUGGCUGUCACAUCAGUCACAUGAUCCAGCGUGACGUCGUUUCAGUCAGCUGACGUUCAAGGCUCUCGCUGGCUUCAAAGGUGGUACCUGUGAAUAAGAAGCGCAUCUAGCACCAUUCAGUAUGGAUAUCCGGGGGGCCGUGGACGCUGCUGUCCCCACCAACAUCAUCGCUGCCAAGGCAGCAGAGGUUCGAGCUAACUUGGUCAACUGGCAGUCUUACCUGCAGAGUCAGAUGAUUUCUGCAGAGGACUGUGAGUUCAUCAAGAAGUUCGAGGUGGCCAACUCUGAGGAGAAACAAGUCAUCCUGACCAAUGAAGGCCAUCAGUGUGCUAAAACCUUUCUCAACCUGAUGGCUCACAUCUCCAAGGAGCAGACUGUCCAGUACAUCCUGACGCUCAUUGAUGAUACUCUACAGGAGAAUCAUCAGCGGGUGAGCAUCUUCUUUGACUACGCCAAAAAGACCAAGAACACAGCCUGGUCCUACUUCCUUCCGAUGCUGAAUCGCCAGGACCUCUUCACUGUUCACAUGGCGGCAAGGAUCAUUGCCAAAUUGGCUGCUUGGGGCCGAGACCUGAUGGAAGGAAGUGACCUGAACUACUACUUCAACUGGAUCAAAAGCCAGCUUAGUUCACAGAACCUGCACGGUACAGGUCAAGACACAGGGUCAGGAGCAGGAACUAUAUCCCCCAGUGAAAGCUCUCAGUAUGUCCAGUGUGUGGCCGGCUGCCUUCAGCUGAUGCUGAGGGUCAAUGAGUACAGGUUUGCGUGGGUGGAGGCCGACGGCGUGAACUGCAUAACAGCGGUGUUGAGCAACAAGUGUGGAUUCCAGCUCCAGUACCAGAUGAUCUUCUGCGUUUGGCUCCUGGCAUUCAGCCCCCAGCUCUGCGAGCAGUUGAGGCGCUACAAUGUUGUGCCUGCCUUGUCUGAUAUCCUGCAGGAAUCUGUCAAGGAGAAGGUCACACGGAUCAUUCUGGCUGCCUUCCGGAAUCUCCUGGAGAAGUCGUCAGAGAGGGAGACUCGCCAGGAGUACGCUCUGGCGAUGAUUCAAUGCAAAGUGCUGAAGCAGCUGGAGAACCUCGAGCAGCAGAAGUAUGAUGACGAGGACAUCACAGAGGACAUAAAGUUCCUGCUGGAGAGACUGGGGGAGAGCGUGCAGGAUCUUAGCUCAUUUGACGAGUACAGCUCUGAGCUCAAGUCGGGCCGCCUGGAAUGGAGCCCUGUGCACAAGUCGGAGAAGUUCUGGCGGGAGAAUGCUGUCCGCCUAAAUGAGAAAAAUUAUGAGCUCCUCAAGAUAUUAACUAGGCUCCUGGAGGUGUCCGACGAUCCACAAGUCAUAGCGGUGGCAGCUCACGACGUCGGCGAGUAUGUGCGGCACUACCCGCGUGGCAAACGAGUGAUUGAACAGCUGGGCGGGAAGCAGUUGGUGAUGAAUCAUAUGCACCACGAGGACCAGCUAGUACGCUACAACGCCCUGCUGGCUGUGCAGAAGCUCAUGGUCCAUAACUGGGAGUACCUGGGUAGACAGCUGCAGUCCACCGACCAGCAACAAGCUCCAGCUGUGGCGGCUCGAAGCUGAGUUGUCUGUGUCUAUGUGUGUGUGUGUGUGUGUGUGUGUGUCUGUGUGUUAAACUGCGCCUCACUUUGCUAGUUAAUGACCCACGUGACCAAGCUGUGUUGUUCCUCCCGCACCCCAAAUUAGCUCCCAUGUGUUGUGACUCGGUGUCUUAUGAUUCAGUGUACUAAAAAAAAAUAUAUAUAUUUAAGUCUGGCCUGUGAAAGCUGAUACAGUAUGUGCCCCCCCCCCCCCCCAAUAAAGA